GCUCAAUUUGAAAUAAUCAACCACAGCUCCAAUAUAGCUAAAUUCAACAAAAUGAUAAGAACUUUCAUAGCUAAAAGAAUAUUGUACUUUCUUAUAUUCUUUCAUUCAAAUCAAAUUAUAAGUAGUUAUACAGUUAUAGACGUAUAUGGUUUACCUGAACCAAAAUUAGUGCAAGAUUUUGUAAAUGAUUAUCAAUUUAAAGAUGAUAAUGUUGCUGAUUAUAGUAAAAGACCUAGAUUUCGAGAUGACAAUGAAAUAAUCAAUAGAAAUGGAGAGAAAGGAUUAUGGAAUGCAUUCAAGAAAGGUGUCCUUAAAAGUUAUAACUAUAGAAACAAAUUACUAGUAAAAAGAAUCGUUCCACAUGGGAUGGUACCAUCAGGAAUUGAAUAUGAUCAUAAGUUCAACACUGCAUUUAAACCUUUAGUAAGAGUACACAAAACCAAAACGAUAAACCAAUUUUUCAAUGACUUAAAAUCAAAGAAAUACGAUGGUUAUGAAAAUAAAGAUACAAAACACGAAAACAUUAUAUUUAUGUCGCCUAAAGAUGUUAAACAUAAAAAAUUCAAAGUACAAAAUGAUUUGAAUGAUAAAGAUUUGAUAGAGCCAUUCGAAACAUCUAAAAAUGAUUUUGAUUAUAAAGACAAAAGACUCCAAAAAAAGAUAAAAGAUAUCAGAUUUGCACAUUUAGAAAACAAAAACAAUUUAGAUCUAAAAGAUAAAAGAUUGCAAUUAGUAAAAAAAAUCCAGAAGAAGAUUAAAGGAAUCAAAUCAGAAUCCAAAAGGCUUAGCGCGUAUGCUAAAGUUAUUAAUGUUCUCAACAAUAUGUUGAGGUCUCCUCAAUUUGUGAAAUCAGGGGAGGAGCAUGACACCUUAGCACCUGAUACAGAGCCGAAGCAAGAUGACAUGAAAACUAAGAAAUGGAUACCGCACUAUCCACCGUGGAAUUAUUGGACGUAUAAGAAGACAAUCCAUGAAGAUGUAUGUCCUGGGGCACAAGUAAAGAUUGGAAAUAUGUGUAUUUGGGUACCACCACAUUAAUACUUAAUCCAUACUAUUAUUAUAAUAUUAUAAAUGCGAAAGUGUGUCUGUCUGUCUGCUACG